AUGAGCGAGGGGUCCCGGACGAGGACCAGGAAAGGCGAACGAGGGCAAGGUGGAGCCGAUACGAUGAUCGGAAGACACCAGAACACAGACGAGAGUGAUCCGCGAGGCGAGCAGGAGGCACUGAAAUCUUUCGCCCUACGUUUGGCGGCGACGAUGAGGUCAAUUCGAGUGGAGACAUUCCCUGAUUGGUGCCGGGCGGACUUAGUCAGCGGGUCGUGA